AUGGAGAAGAAAGCUGGAGUGCCGGACAAUGUGGCCGUCCCACUGUCCCAAACGAUGGAUCAACAACGUGUCAAUACCGAUGAAUCAAUCCUUUCAGUGUUUACAGACAACACGCUGGCAGUUGGCGAUAUUACGAAGCUCACCUCACCUGUCAAACCUGUUGCCCAAGCUCGGCCCAACAUACCCUAUGAGUGUGGACCCUUUACAAACAAGCCCAAGUCGUCUGUUGUCGUCAAUUACCCUUUUGUUGAUCGAGUUGACUUUCUCAACAUGAUUGCUGGCAUUGCAUACAGCAACUAUGAACAAGCGACUCAACGUUCGCCCGAGUUACAUCAUCAUCACUUUGUUCUUAUUACGGGUGGCUCUGGAAUUGGUAAAACAAGAGCAGCACUGGAGGUCUCUACCAUUCCUCUCAACUACCUCGAGCAAUCCGAUGAUCAGAAGUUCAUACAGGCAAUGCUAUCACCAAUCUACCUACACAUCGACCUCAAGAAAGUAUCUGCAUUCCAAACCGACCUCGACUGGCCAGGAAAGCAUGUACCAUCUCUGCGAAUUGGUACUCGCGUUGCCUUGGCAAGCGGCAUCUAUCAACACAAAUUGUUUGGCAAAAUGGUGUACGACAAGCUGGACGACUUCAUUAAUGGUGGCCAUGUCUAG